AUCAGAUUUAAUUUUACAUCUGAACAUCAGUUCAUACCCUAACAGUACCUACUUGAUUUUGUUCCAGGCUCUGCUUAACCAAAUGUACUAUCCGUAACCUAAACGUGUGAGAAUAUUCAAGGAGCAACCUAGCUCGGAUGAUAGAGUCAAGUACAUGAAUCUGUAGGGCGUGAGCUCGCGUCUUCAUGUUAGUGACGUUUUUUUCAUCUUUCAACUCCUUCAAAUUGUUAACUUCUUUUUAUUUAUAAAAAAUGGAUACAUAAUUUGACUGUAAAUGAACGACUUUUACGAUUCCACUACAUUUAGAGAAAUUUAAGGCACGUGGAUCUAUUUGAAAAUUCACAUCUAACAUGUAAAAUCGACGUGGAUGAAAAAUAUUAUUUCCGAGAUUUGUCCUGUUAAACUAUAGCAUGAAUAAAUAGGCUAUAAAAGGUUUAUUGCCAUAUAAUCGCGGGUUUUACCAGUAUAUGAUUUGGGUAUUACAUAAUGAUUCUACAUAGUUCACGUGCCAUUAUGACUGUCUCGUUAUUGAGCACAAGAUAGGGAGACUGCAGGUCUGCAUCUCACAGAUACAACGUGAUAAAAAAAAAACAGUGCUCGUACUCAGAAUCAGCUUAUCACGGAAAAUUGUAACACGUCUUCACAUUUAUUUUGUAAUGAAGUCUACUUUCGGCUGAAGUCCAGUGUUCUUCUCUACACAAUUUUAACGUCUUAAGAAUGCUUUCGUCGUGGAAACCUUGUUGUUCGAGGAUACCGCAGCGAUGGGUAUUCGCAGUGAUGGGAUGUUUGGCAGGUGUGAACGCUUACACCAUGCAAAUAUCUCUGUCACUAGCGAUCACGCAGAUGGUCGUAUCUGCGGAAACUUCAAACAGUACGAGUUCGGACGAAUUUUGUCCAGCAUCCGAUUCGACAAACUCGGGUACCGGUAGCGGUGGCAGUUACGAAUGGGAUACUUAUACACAAGGGGUCAUUCUGUCGAGUUUCUACUGGGGUUACUUGUUCACUCAGAUUCCGGGUGGAAUGCUGGCUGACAAAAUUGGCGGAAAGUACGUCCUGGGUUUGAGCAUCUUCUCGAGUGCCAUAUUCACACUUCUGACACCGGUGGUGGUCGAAGCAUUCGACUCUACGGGUCUCAUAAUCCUGCGCAUCCUGAUAGGCUUAGGGGAGGGAGUGACCGUACCAGCCAUGUUGGAGCUCGUACCCCGAUGGUCCGCGCCAGGUGAAGAGUCGACCAUCGCGACGGUCGUGACAUCGGGAUCCGUACUUGGAACCUUGCUGAGCAUGGCGCUUUCCGGAGUUCUGAUCCAAAAUUCAUCCAUGGGUUGGCCGCUGGUAUUUUACGUCUUUGGAGCAGCCGGUGUGCUCUGGUUCUUUGCGUGGCUCUUACUCUGCUACAACAAUCCCGACGUCCACCCCUUCAUAACCGAGUCGGAGAAGAACUACUUGCGGAAAACGACAAACUGCAAAAAAGAGCUGGUACCGACACCCUGGCGACACAUUCUGACCUCAGUUCCAGUCUGGGCUUUGUUGAUUGCAACUAUCGGCGACGGUUUCAGCUAUUUCACCAUGGUCACGGACCUUCCUCUCUACAUGAGCAGCGUCCUCAACUUCUCUGUUCAGUCGAAUGGCUUUCUGUCGGCUCUUCCCUUCUUGCUUAUGUGGAUCGUGAACAUUGCGUCGUCAUGGGUUGCCGACUGGUUCAUAAAGACACGGAAAAUGAGUGUCACGAACGUGAGGAAAUCUUUCACCGCCGUCGCCAUGGUCGUGCCAGCCAUUUUUAUCGUCACGGCAUCCUACGUUGGCUGCAACCGCGUCGUCGUCGUUGUUCUCUUUGUGCUCGGCAUGGGUUUCAUGGGCCUAUCUAAUCCCGGGAUUUUCAUUAACCCGAUAGAUUUGAGUCCCAACCAUUCUGGAACCAUCAUGGGAAUGAAAACGACUGUUAGCGCUCUGACAGGGAUAGCCGCUCCGUAUCUCGUCGGCAUUCUAACGCCAAAUCAGACGGUUUCCGAGUGGAGAGUCGUAUUCUGGAUCUGCUUUGGCUCUUUCUUAGAAUGUGCUCUCGUCUUCGUUAUCUUGGGUGAUGGAAAAGUGCAGUACUGGAAUGACCCUGAUUUUCGAGUUCGACUUGAUAAUCAACAACCGGUAACUAAAAUACAAAAAGUUGAAAACGUUGCUAGGUCAAACAUAACGGUUGAACUGCCUUUGAGUUAGAUACAAAUUUUCACGCUAGAAUUCCAUCCAUUCAGUAUCGGUAGGUGCGAAUUUAAAGAUUCUUAAUACACAAUCACCUUACUAUUCAUUUCUCAACCCUAUUACUGAUCUUAGAUGUAAGCGUUUUUCAGUCGGACCAAUCGAGAUUCAUGGUCUGACUCACUGUCAUCUGGCCACAAGCGCGUCUACACCGAUCAUUGUCGAAUAUUUUCGAUCGACAAUCAAUAUAAAUAAUGAAACAUAAUCGUGAUCUGAAAGUUGUAAGUAUUUCAGAAGGAUUAAUGUCUGGAGGUAGUAAAUCCCAUUAAUAAAUAGCGGUCACCACGAAGAAAUUUCGAUAAACGAGACAGCGAACUGAUUUACACGCAUGGCAGAUCGUGUGCUGUUGAUUGGACACCCGCUGCACUAACUGGAAGAGUCGCGAAAGAUAACGUGGCCUACCAAUAUCAAGUAUAGAAUAAAGAAGGCGGCAGCUUAAGAGGUAAAGGCGGUGAUCCCACGAUGUGAGUCAGCCUGAUUAGAGGCGAUAAGGACUGAUGUGCUCCUCACGAUUAACUCCAAGCACGAAACUGCUUGUUACGGUGGUUGAAAAUGGAACAUUCACCCCCAUACAUCGAUGACUGUCAAAGAAAGCGAUUCAAGCUGAUUCACAGCCCUUAAAUUGCCACGAAUUUUUUGGCCUUGCUUUUAUCGCCACUCAAAAUCUUUUGACAAAACGGCUGAAAAUCAUCUCUUGAUCAAGUUGAUUCAUUAAAAAAUCUCUAGCAGAGCAGUUCGUUAAGACUUUGACCUCGGUAGUUUACAGAAUCUUUCAAAAUUCGACGAUUUUAUUAACUCUGCAGAAAUUCCACGUUUCUUUUCAUGUUUUAAAUAUUAUCGUCUCUAUCAUAAUACUAAUAAAUCAUUAUAAUUUGUUUCAACUUGAAACUGAAUAAAUCUAAUCAUAAUGUUGAAUCUACAUUUUGAGUAAACCUAAUCAAUAACCACCAACGUGAGUAGAUCAUCUUGUGCAAAUUUAUUAAACUAUAUCCGUAUCCAUCUGGUAUAUGCACCGGCACCUAUUUGGCAUUGGUGAAUUAUCCUUAUCCUUCUUUUGAAAAACCCAUAUAAAUUUUACCGUAGAUGCCAAGGGGUGAAAUUUAUCAAGCAAAUAGAAGAGGAGGCAGAGCUGGAAUAAGAGUUGAAUUUCAUAAGCUUUAAGUAAUCAAACGAGAGGUUCAUUUGAGAGAAUUGUAUUCGGCAGUGACGAAGGGUAAUUAUUCUGAACCCGGUUAAGAACAUGUUCAGUUUGAAAUUAUAGAAACUAUUGAUAAAUUUCGUGCGUGAAAUCGUAUUACACAGUUUCUAAACGGCGCAUUAAAUUAUUAAAAAAGAUAGAGACGACUUAACAGUUUGUACCCUAUCACAGAGCCCGAAACAACCCAUAUUGACUA